AGCCCCAACCCUAGCACACCCGACCCAGGCCGCCAGGCUUUUGCCCUUGUUAAUUACCGGAGAAACCGACCAGGGAGCUCCGCCCCGGGAUUUGCUGGCCCGCAGCGGCGCCAGGCUCCGGUCUCUCCCCUGUAUCUCUCGCCGCUGUCCAGGUGCCCCACUUCCUUCACCGCAAAGAAUGGAAAUGAUGGACGGCUGCCAGUUCUCGCCUUCUGAGUACUUCUAUGAGGGCUCCUGCAUCCCGUCCCCCGAGGGCGAGUUCGGGGAUGAGUUUGAGCCCAGAGGGGCUGCCUUCGGGGCGCACAAACCAGAGCUGCAAGGCUCAGACGAGGACGAGCACGUGCGAGCACCUACAGGCCACCACCAGGCUGGCCACUGUCUCAUGUGGGCUUGCAAAGCAUGCAAGAGAAAGUCUACCACCAUGGAUCGGCGGAAGGCGGCCACCAUGCGCGAGAGGAGACGCCUGAAGAAGGUCAACCAGGCUUUCGAGACGCUCAAGAGGUGUACCACGACCAACCCCAACCAGAGGCUGCCCAAGGUGGAGAUACUCAGGAAUGCCAUCCGCUACAUUGAGAGCCUGCAGGAGCUGCUGAGGGAGCAGGUGGAGAACUACUAUAGGCUGCCAGGACAGAGCUGCUCUGAGCCCACCAGCCCCACCUCCAACUGCUCCGACGGCAUGCCGGAAUGCAACAGUCCUGUCUGGUCCAGAAAGAGCAGCAGCUUUGACAGCAUCUACUGCCCAGAUGUACCAAAUGUAUAUGCCACAGAUAAAAGCUCCUUAUCCAGCUUGGAUUGUUUAUCCAGCAUAGUGGAUCGAAUCACCAACGCAGAUCAACCUGGAUUGCCUCUCCAGGACCCGGCCUCUCUCUCCCCAGUUGCCAGCACGGAUUCACAGCCUGCAACUCCAGGGGCCUCUAAUUCCAGGCUCAUCUAUCAUGUGCUAUGAACUGAAAAUCUAGUCUAGAUGAGUUCUACGAGGAGGGCCUAUUACACAGGAGGAAGGAAGCCCCAAAAGUUCAAAAGCAAGACAACUUGUAUAUAAAGAUUUCUUUUCAGUUGUAAAUUUGUAAAUAUUAUCUUGCCACUUUAUACGAAAGUGUAUUUAACUAAAAAGUCACCUUUGCAAUUAUACUUUCUUUUCUCCUUCUCCUCCUCCUGCUCUUCCUCCCCCUUCUUCUUUACCUUCUUAUUCACUUUAGAUAUAUAGUUCCAAUAAUAUUCUUUGUGAUAGGGGGCAAUUCAUUGAAGGUAGCUUGUUGCAAUGCUUAACUUAUAUUUUUUUAUAAAUAUUGCUUAUCAAAAUAUUAUGUCUGAUGUUAGAUCUUUAUUUUUUUCUUUAAAACAUUAGAACAGCUGGAAAUCAGUUACAGGAAACUUAAAUAUAUUUAACUUUUGUUUUUCUAUUAACGCUUUGGUGAUAUUCUGUUCAGUAAACACAUAACCAUACUGCCUAAUGGUAUAUAUUUUGAUCUUAUAAGGAAUGCAUCUUUUUAAUGUAAGCACAAAAUAGUACUUUGUGGAUAAUUUCAAGAUAUAAGAAAUUUUGGAAAUUCCACCAUAAAUGAAAUUGUUUAGAUGAAGAAAUAUUUUGGUUCAUGUUUUUUAAAAAGAACACCCUUAACAGAAUUAGCGGUCACUGACAUGAAAUUUUUAACAUGGGGCUGAAAAUAACAAAAGAGUUGGCUUUGUGGAUACAUUUGAAUGCUUACCAUCUCACGGACACAUUUUAGGUCCUGUUGAUGUCACAAAUGAAGAGAACAUUUCUAUUUUAAUCAGCUUUGAAGGGAGCCUGCUAAAUACAAUUUUUCCCUUCUUUUAGUACUGUGCCCAAUAAUGUCAAAUUAUAUGUGUGUGGAAGGGAAGGAGAAGUUAUUCAGGACAAGACUACAUGUUUCAAUGAAAAGAAUGUACAACCUUACAUCAUUUUAAUACCUACAGGACAUUAGAAAUCAUAAGUUAGAGAAUAUUUACUUGCCUGAAAAUAUCUUGAUACAUUAAUAUGUUAAUAUUGUCAA